CUCUACCAUCGGUCAAUAGUAAUGGGUCGAUUACUAUUGGCUCUGGUUACUGGUGGCUCUGGUUCUGUUGGAACGGGCUCUGUUGGAACGGGCUCUGUUGGGGCUGCUCGGGCCAAGGAGCUCUCGGGGUCGGGCCAAGUUCAUCAACAGACUCGCAAUCAGAAUCAGCUGCAUCAGAAUACUAAGAAUCAGAGCUCUCUUCAUCAGCAUCAAAAUCCUCACCAGAUUCACAAUCAGAAGAAUCAGAUCACUCAGAUCCAUCGCACUCAGCGCGCUCUUGUCGGCUUGCAUCCGUUGCCUUUGAAGCCUGCAUCUGCUCCUUUCGGUCUUCCUCAUACUUCUCAUUCUCAUUCUCAUAUUCCUCCUCAACACCAAGAUUCUCGUUCACAUCCUCACCAAGAACCUGUCCCAGAUCCAGGAACAACUCAAGCCGCUCUUGACCCUCUCAGCUCCCAGAAGAACCACGCACUCAUCAACCCUCCGCUCGAUCCCUCAACGCUUUCUUCCUCCCCCUCGGCCUCGGGAGCCGAUACAGAUCCGUCCCUCGAUCUUGGUCCUUCUUCUUCUUCUUCUAAGAACCUGGGUCCCCUGAAUCGCCCGCCGCACGGGAUCCCUAUCGGUCCUCAUGCUUCGCCACAAAAGGGACUUCAGUCUCCGAUCAUAGUCGACUCUUCUUCUGAGCUUACUUCUACACUUCCUACUACUACUACUACUACUGCUUCUUCUUCUUCUUGAAUUUUUAUGUCUCCUGUCUCACUCUUCCUCGUCUCCUCCCCCCUUUUUUUUAUCUUUUUUUUAAUAGAAAGGUUUUUAUAUUUUAUUUCAUACAUAUAUAUUCAAAGAAAAAAUUAUUCUAAGGUUUAGAACUGGG